UAUAUUAAAGUAGGUGGAGUCUUUGUUGUCUCUUCUGUUUCCAUCCCGCUAUUCAUUCAGUUUUAGCCCACACUCGGAGUGUCGUCGUCUGAAAAGAAGCUUCUUUUCGUUAUGAAACACGUGUGAAAUAUGAGGAAGGAGAUAGCAGCAGUGGUUUUCUUUCUGAAGAGCCUUGUGAAAAAGGGGGAGAAGUUGGAAUCUCACAAGAUCGAGCUGUUUGUGGAGCGACUGGCCAUUGCGCUACAGGAGAAGUUCAAGGGACACUGGUACCCUGAAAACCCCAGCAAAGGGCAGGCGUACAGGUGCAUUCGAGUGAACCGGUUCCAGAGGCAGGAUCCAGAGCUCCUUCGAGCCAGCCGGGAGAGCGGGGUGAAGUAUGGCGACCUGGGACUGCCUCGUGAACUCACGCUGUGGGUGGACCCCGGAGAGGUUUGUUGCAGGUACGGAGAGCAGAACCCUUGCUUCUCAGUCGCCUCUUUCAGCAGCGAUGAUGAAGAUGACAAAGAUGUUGCGAAGAAGGUGACUAGUGCUCUGGAGAGGGUGACGUCAGACUACCACUCUGGCUCCUCUUCUGAUGAGGAAAGCACACACGCAUCCCCCCUCACGAUCCACAACAGGCGUUGGGCUCCUCAGGUCAUGAAUCCGGCAGCUCCGUCAUGGCAGCCUAAGAAGCUGACGCCAGGUAAAGGUGUCGGCCCCCCUCGGCCCCACUAUGGCUACAGGCCUCACAGCAGAGGCCCCCAUUCCUCCAGGCAUAACCUUUGGAUCCCUCCGGUUUAUGGCCGGGCCCCUGAAUACUGGGACACGAACCAAAACCUGGCGCAUUGUUACAGUUAGGAACCACGGUGCUUGUUGUUCACACUGGACAUUACACCUGAAGAAAACUUUAACGACUGACUAAUAAUUUUUUACAUCAAUUUUUAUAACUUAAAUGUUGUUUUUGAUAAAGUCUUUUUGCACUUUAGACCUUUUUGUUAUAGUUGAAAUAGAUCACUUGUACUAAAUUAGAAGGUGAAAUUGGAGUACCACGCUUGUAAUUUUGAUGUACUGUAUUUUUUACUACAGGAGACGUUCAUGUGUACCACCUGAUGUCCUUUGUGAUGAAAUGUUUUAUUUAUUCAGAGGUUUUGUUUCCAAAUGUAUAGACUUAAAGUUAUCACGUUUUAUUAAACAUUUCCAAGCAU